AUGCCACGAUGGAAACGCAAAGAAAAACCUCGUACCAGCGUGACUGGCUCCCAGACUUCAUCGACAACACCAGCAACACCAGGCGAGACCGGACGGAGCGCAUCUGAAUCUCAAUCCGUCGCCCUUACCUCCCUCCAAGCAGUCUCUGGUGAGGUUUGCAGUGAAGCCGAAGCGCAGAGAUUGGCAAAGCAGCACGCCGAGUUUGGUUCCCUUGGGGAUCCGUCGCAUCUGUACGUGAGCAAACACAGCGGCGGCGAAAUCCCCGACCCGAUCCUCGACGAGCCGCCAUACUUUACUGCUCUCACAACCUACAUCAGCUUCCUCGUUUUGAUCUUCCUCGGCCACUUCCAUGACUUUUGCGACAAGUACUUUCGAUCUCACACUUACAAGCACCUCCGCCCGCAGAAUGGCUAUGCCUCGUUGUACAGUGAUUUCGAGAGCUUCUAUACGCGACGCAUGAAGCGGCGGAUCAAUGACUGUUUCGAGCGACCGACCACCGGGGUUCCAGGGAGAUAUAUCACUUUGUUGGAUCAGCAAUCGGAUGAUAACCUUCAUUUCCGGCUAAGAGGGACGACCACAGACACGUUGAACCUGAGCUCAUACAACUAUCUCGGAUUUGCGCAGUCCGAGGGUCCCUGUUCGGACCUCGCCGAAGAAACCAUUCGUCAAAAUGGGAUCACCAUGGCCGGCUCAGUUGCAGAACCCGGCACUCCACAGCUUCAUGCUGAGGUUGAACAACAGGUUGCGCGGUUCGUAGGCAAGGAGGAUGCUAUUGUGUUCUCCAUGGGCUUUGUUACCAAUGCCACGAUUUUCCCUGCCCUCAUGGAUAAGGGAUGCUUGAUCCUCUCAGAUGAGCUCAACCAUGCGUCCAUUCGCUUCGGGGCACGUCUCUCGGGAGCUGCGAUCCAGGUCUUUGCACAUAACAACAUGGCUGAUCUCGAGAGACGACUUCGAGAGGCAAUCUCCCAGGGCCAACCCCGCACCCACCGGCCCUGGAAGAAGAUUCUGGUCUCGGUCGAAGGUCUAUAUUCGAUGGAAGGCACUAUGUGCAAUUUACCUCGCAUUUUAGAGCUUAAAAAGCGAUAUAAAUUCUACCUCUUCGUUGAUGAAGCCCACUCCAUCGGCGCGGUCGGACCUCGUGGGCGGGGAGUCUGCGAUUUCUUCAAGGUCGAUCCUGCCGAGGUCGAUAUCCUUAUGGGUACCUUUACCAAGUCCUUUGGUGCCAAUGGUGGAUACAUUGCGGCAGACAAGACCAUCAUCAGAAAACUCCGUGCCAAAAAUGCUGGGCAAAUCUUCGGCGAGGCCCCUGCUCCCGCCGUCUUAGCACAGAUCUCCUCCUCCUUGCGCCUGAUCGCCGAUGAGGAUCCUCUUCACCCGGGUCAGGGUCUCGAACGAGUACAACGGCUUGGGUUCAAUUCGCGAUAUUUGCGAUUGGGCCUAAAACGCCUCGGCUUUAUAGUCUACGGACAUGAUGAUUCGCCAAUUGUGCCGCUCAUGCUGUACAACCCAGCCAAGAUGCCAGCAUUCUCCCACGAGAUGCUGCGACGGAAGAUUUCUGUCGUCGUCGUGACCUAUCCAGCGACCCCGCUGGAGCUCUCUCGGGCCCGACUAUGUGUCUCUGCAGCUCACACCAAGGAUGAUCUUGACCACAUACUCCGAGUAUGUGACGAGAUCGGUGAUGUUUUGGGCUUAAAAUAUUCCACAGGCGUGGCGGGAGGAUUGAAAGAACCGCUGCCUCCAGGAAUGAGCGUCAGGAAUGCCCGGAAACUAAUCAGUCCCCCACGCUGGAGCGUAGAAGAGGUCAUUGAGCGAGGCUCUCGGGAUGUACACAAUCCUCUCUAUUGA